CAGAGCCCGCUCCGGCGCGUUUUCAGACGCGAUCUGCAGGGGAAGGCCGCGAAUGAGAUGACAUUUGAAAUUAAUGUGGUGUUUUGCGUGCUGGUGGUCCUUACCGGCUCAUCGCAGACUAGAGGUCAGAGCAGUGCUUUGACUCCUGCCCUCACCCUGGCUGCCCUCCUGAGUCAUGCAGGAAGCUCAGCAUCUCCUGACCUGACAGAGGAUCCUGGGAAUGAGGUCCCACAGCGGACACCUAAUCCUGCAGGCAGGGAUGAAACCUCAACUCAAACUGCCGCCGUUGCCACCGCCAUUAAAGGAGCGGCCCAUUCAGAGUCAGAGACUGCAACAAAUGCAGUUUAUAAAACACACUUGCUAACUACAAGCUCUGCACUGGCUCCGUUGCAACACACAAAUGCACCUGCCGCCAUGACUGCUCACCCUGGUGCUCCUUCACCUUCAGCUGCUGCAGACGGCCUUUCAUCCACGCCGACUGUACGGAGCACCACCCCUGCCCAACACCUCUCCACCCCUGAAGGCAGAGCCCCUCUGACCAGAGAUCCCCUCACAACCUUUUCAUCUCCGUCAGCUCACACGGUGCCAGAUACACGCUCCACAGCCCACGGCUCCACCAUCCAGCCACAAUCUGAAUCACCGACCACAGUGCACCCUCUGACCUCCGCUCCACGCCGGGGUCCUGCGGGGCCCACCCACCAGGAGGUCCCCUCUGAGCUGAAUGUUGGAGAUGAAGACCUCAAGGGGUCCCACCACCGCCCGAGUUCCCCUCUGGACCCCCUACUGGCUGGUCUGCUGUCUGUGUUCAUUGUCACCACCGCUAUUGUCUUCGUCGUCCUCUUCCUCAAGUUCCGCCAAAGGACAAACCACCCAGAGUUCCAUCGGCUGCAGGAUCUACCCAUGGACGAUUUGAUGGAGGACACGCCACUCUCCAGAUACACCUACUGAGGGAAGCGGACGCCAAAAGAAGACCAGUGUGGAUCAGAGACAAGUCUUUGCCUGGAUGCAGCCGCAUCCCUGCAGAUGAGUUCCCCCUUGUGAGUUUUGGGUCAGUGAUAAAAGUGUUUAUCUGAGGCUCCAUGAGGAAGUCUUUGAAACAGGAGUUUUCAGAGGUACGUAGAGCCACAUUCCCUUUAAGUUUCCAGAGAUCCUCAGUCCGAUGGAAACUUUUUGUUGUCUUUCUCUUCUGAGGUGAGUUGUAAGUACCUCUCUGCACCCUUGACUGACCCCUCCUGUACGCACAGCACUUUAAAGUGACAUGAAAGUUCACAGUGCCCCCUAGGGGACAUCUGAGGUAUUGUGGAUCAAGGUUGCAUGAAGUCCUCCAAUGUAAUUAACACACAACCUCAGGUUAUCCAGCAAGAAAUAGGAGAGUGAGAGACAAAGACAGAGGGAGGAUAUUUAGUGCUUUAAGACACCUGAGAAAGUAUCAAACAUGCCCAAAGUGAUUAAUCAAUACAAAUUAUGAUCCCUUUGGUGACCAAAUAUUAGUGAAGUGCACUUUAAAACCCGAUAGCCAGGUUGCACAUGUUGUCUUAAAACGGAGGUGUUGCAGGAAAUCUACACAAAAAUCAGAAGUGAUUUUAUCAUUCAAAAGCCAUGUGUUUGGAAAACCAGACACGCCGAUUCUCUUACUGUCAAAGUUGCUCAUCAUAUGAUUGUUCAAAUUUAUUAACCAAGUUACCCCAAAUUAUAUACUGUUGCAGCUCUUUACUGUGUAGUGUAAUGGAACUUGUGUGUCAUCAUGGUCUGAUGCUGGUAUGUUAAACUUGAAUUUGGUUAUUCUGUUUUUGAUGAUGAAUGUCGAAUCCACCAGUGCACACUGAAAAACACCCUGCUGCACUAAAUAAACAAUUUAAUGAGUAAACUGUAAAGAUAAAACAAUACUAUUACUACAUGUGUUGUAAAAUUCAUAUUUUUAAGAAUGUUUCUGCGCAAGGUUAGUUAGUUCAAAUGCUUUAAAUGGAGAAGAAAUGGGAAGAGGCACAAAGGCGGUUUCAAAUUUAGAUUGUCGUUACCUGUAUCUGUAUUAGCUGGAGUAACAUGCAAAUGUGCUGGAACUAAGCUGUUGUGUCAGUUUUUACACAAGUGUGUGAGUCACAGUGAUGUGUGAUAAUAUGCCAUUGAAAUAUGGACUGUAAGAAUUUAUUGAUAUAAGGAUUUCCUGUUUGAUAAUAAAACAGAAACCACAA